AUGGGUUAUAUGCAGCCUGUCCUUUAUGCGGUUUCGGCGUCCGCGGCCUUCGCUACUAUCUCGGCCAUUGCUUUCGUCAUAACAAUGUACAAUGAUAUAACUAACUUCCAAGAUGACAUAACUAAAGACUUGGUUGAGUUCAAAGAACAUGCUAAUUUUGCUUGGGAGCAUAUGGUAAACUCUCAAGAAAUGCGAACAGCUUCUGACCGACUUGAUAGAUUCAGAAGACAGCAGUAUCAAACUGGCGACGCCGCUGCUUUGGGAGGCAUCACAGCUAAACCUGCAGCAGCAAAGCAAAAAUGUAAUUGUGGUCCAGCUGCAAAGAACUGCCCACCUGGACCCCCUGGACCAGCUGGAGAGCCUGGUGAGGAUGGUGAGCCUGGGCUACCUGGACAAAAUGGCAAUGCUGGGUUAGCUGGAGAAGUAGAAGCUGACCCGAUUCCGAAAGAUGAGGGAUGUAUCAAAUGUCCUACCGGAGCUCCAGGUCCUGCUGGACCAGAUGGACCUCCUGGACCCCCUGGACCAAACGGAAACCCAGGUACUGAUGGAGCAGGCGGAGAAUCCGGAGCUGCAGGACCUGCUGGUCCUCCAGGUCCUCCAGGACCUGAUGGUCAACCUGGUGCCCCCGGAACUGAUGGUCAACCAGGAGCUCCAGGAACUAAGCAAACUAAUUCUCCUGGGCCUGCUGGACCUCAAGGUAGUCCAGGACCUGCUGGAAAUGCCGGAGAAAAUGCACCAGCUGCUGAUUCACCACCGGGACCUGCCGGACCUCCAGGACCUGCCGGAAACAACGGCUCGCCUGGAUCUGAUGGCCAACCCGGAUCUCCUGGUGCUGAUGGACAACCCGGAAGUGAUGCUGCUUAUUGCCCUUGUCCUCCACGUACCGCUGUCAUAAGCUCAGCUAUAGAGGGAGCAGUAGUUUCUGUUGAUGCUCCUACUGGAGCCACUGACGCUGAGAUUGCUAGUUCAGCCUAUCCUCUGCCUGCUGUAACUGAAGGUGUGGAGACUCCACAGCCUACUGCUCCUGCCGUUACCGGCACAUCCUAUUCACAAACUGGUUCUGCUUCAUCAAUAGAUACAGCUUUACCGCUAGGUGGAGCCCUACCACCGAUUCCUCAAGCUCCAACGCCAGUGGCUGAAAUUCCAACGCCAGCGGCUGAAGUUCCAACGCCAGUGGCUGAAAUUCCAACCCAAGCUGCUGAAGCUCCCACACCUGUAGCAGAUGCUCCUCCUCCAGUUGUUGAAGCUCCUACACCAGCUGCAGAAGCUUCUGCCCCCAACUCUGAAGCUUCCGAACCAGUUGCAGAAGCACCCGAACCAGUUGCUGAAGCUCCCGUACCAGCUGCUGAAGUUCCCGCACCAGCUGCUGAAGUUCCCGUACCAGCUGCUGAAGCUCCCGAACCUGUUGCUGAUGCUCCUGAACCAGUAGCUGAAGCUCCCCAAGGGCCAGUACCUCCUAUCGUAGAGCCUCCUCCACCCAUCGAUACUAGUGUAGAAUCUCCAUCUUAUAAGGAAGCUACUAGACUCCCAGAAGUUCCGGAGGCGCAACCUGCUGAUGCCGCUCCAGUUCCUGAGGCCCAACCUGCUGAGACCGCUCCGGUUCCAGAGGCUGCUCCAGUUCCAGAGGCUGCUCCAGUUCCAGAAGCUGCUCCAGUUCCAGAAGCUGCUCCAGUUCCAGAGGCUGCUCCGGUUCCAGAGGCUGCUCCGGUUCCAGAGGCUGCUCCGGUUCCAGAGGCUGCUCCGGUUCCAGAGGCUGCUCCAGUUCCUGAGGCCGCACCAGUUCCAGAGGCUGCUCCAGUUCCAGAGGCUGCUCCAGUUCCAGAGGCUGCUCCAGUUCCAGAAGCUGCUCCGGUUUCAGAGGCUGCUCCGGUUCCAGAGGCUGCUCCAGUUCCUGAGGCUGCUCCUGUUCCUGAGGCUGCUCCUGUUCCUGAAGCUGCUGCUGUUCCAGAGGCUGCUCCAGCUUCUGACGCUGCUGCUGUUCCAGAGGCUGCUCCAGCUUCUGACGCUGCUCCAGAACCUGAGGCUGCUCCAGUUCCAGAGGCUGCUCCAGAACCUGAGGCUGCUCCAGUACCUGAGGCUGCUGCUGUUCCAGAGGUUGCUCCAGCUCCAGAAGCCGCUCCGCUUCCAGUGCCUGAAUCUCAACCAGCCCAAGCAGCUCCAGCUGGAGGUAGUUACAAUUCUCCCCCACCUCCUGCGGCCAGUGCCGACGGCUACCAAAAACUUGGAGUGAAAGCUCAAUGA